CCGUUGGCUCCGCUGGACCCGGAAGUGACGCCACGCACUAAGCCCCCGCUUGUGUGUUCCGCUGUGCAGCGGCUCGGCUAGCUUUUACAGGAGCACUCCUAACGUCUGGAGAUUUUCAGAAAGCAGAAAGUCGGGCGCUUUCCCGUGUCACUCUGUGUUCUUCCUUUCUCUCUGCUCGUCCCGGUUUCUGGUUUCCUCAUGAGUGACGGGGAGUGUGACUUUUUCUGCUUCUUUCGCUGUUGCUGAGUUUGGCACGGCCCCACCACAUCCUCACACCGAUCCCAGAGUUCGCAGUCCAGUCUGGGGCAGGCGGCGGCAGCACCGAGGGCCGCUUGCUGGUGGAAAGCGGUGUUUGAGUCGGUGCACGGAUAAGCCCCGAGGGCUAUGUCUGUGGACAUGAGCAGCCAAGCGUCCGACAGCAACGAGGAAGAUUUUGAGGAGAAUGAGGGCGCGGAGGAGGAAGAUCAGGGCGAUAUGACUUAUUAUUACGAAGGCGUGGCUGGCGACGUGGAGCAAGCGGAACCUGACGCUUUCGACCCGGAAGAAUACCAGUUCACGUGUCUGACCUAUAGAGAAAGCCAGAGACUGCUGACAGAGGAGGUCAACCAUGUGUCCACCUCCCUUAAGGUGUCACCAGCCGUAGCCAAACUGGUCCUUGUACAUUUCCACUGGCAAGUGUCACAGAUAUUAGACAGGUACAAGUCCAACUCGUCUCAGUUGCUUUGUGAGGCCCAGGUUCAGCCCAUAACCACCUGCCGAUCUCUCACUGCCGUGGCUUCAUUGCCUUGCGGUGUAUGUCUGCAGUUUGUACGGAGAGAUGCGCUGCUCUCUCUACCGUGUCAGCACUCCUUCUGCAAAUCCUGCUGGGAGCAGCACUGUACCGUGCUGGUCAAAGAUGGCAUAGGAGUGGGGAUCUCGUGCAUGGCUCAGGACUGUUCUCUUCAGAUGCCAGAGGACUUUGUCCUGCCACUGCUGCCCAGUGAAGAACUAAAGGACAAAUACAGACGCUACCUCUUCAGGGACUAUGUGGAGAGUCACUUCCAGCUGCAGUUGUGUCCUGGCGCAGACUGUCCCAUAGUCAUAAAGGUGCAAGAACCUCGAGCUCGCAGAGUUCAGUGCAGUCGUUGUGAUGAAGUUUUCUGUUUUAAGUGCAGACAGAUGUACCAUGCGCCCACAGAUUGCGCUACAAUCCGCAAGUGGCUCACUAAAUGUGCCGAUGAUUCAGAGACGGCCAACUACAUCAGUGCACACACUAAAGACUGUCCCAAGUGCAAUAUCUGCAUUGAGAAAAACGGAGGCUGCAACCACAUGCAAUGCUCCAAGUGUAAACACGAUUUCUGCUGGAUGUGUUUGGGGGAUUGGAAGACUCAUGGUAGCGAGUAUUACGAGUGCAGUCGCUACAAAGAGAAUCCUGACAUCGUGAACCAGAGCCAACAGGCGCAGGCUAGAGAGGCCCUGAAAAAAUACCUCUUCUACUUCGAGAGGUGGGAGAACCACAAUAAGAGUUUGCAGCUGGAGGCUCAGACGUAUCAACGCAUUCAGGAGAAGAUUCACGAGAGGGUCAUGAAUAACCUGGGUACCUGGAUUGACUGGCAGUACAUGCAAAAUGCUGCCAAGCUACUGGCUAAGUGCCGCUACACACUGCAGUAUACCUACCCUUACGCCUACUACAUGGAGUCUGGACCCCGCAAAAGACUGUUCGAGUACCAGCAGGCGCAGCUGGAAGCGGAGAUCGAGAACCUGUCAUGGAAGGUGGAACGGGCGGACAGUUACGAGAGAGUAGAGGGAGAGCUCAACGCCACUGAUAGAGGGGAUUUGGAGAAUCAGAUGCACAUCGCUGAACAGAAGAGACGAACACUGCUAAAGGACUUUCAUGACACCUGAACAUUCGUCCCACACAUUAGCAGCAUUUUUUUCUCUGUUCUGUCAUCUCUCCAUCUCUCUCCAAAUGUCCUUCGCUCCAAAGAUCCCUGCCCCUCCCUAUCCUUUACUUUUGUUUCUCAUCUGUGUCUUUCUGUUGUUCACACAUUUGGCCAUCUAUCAUUUACUACUGUGCUUUUUCUCUCUCUCUCUCUUUCUCUCUCUCUCCAUCUGUCUCUCACCUCCCAGGUUUCAGAAUAGCAUGAUUGUAACAUGAUUCAUGCCCCAUUUGUUUUUCACCUCCAUAUCAACUCACCACAAACACAGAGUUUAAAACACUCCUGAAAAAUGGACUAACUGCUGCUCUUCCAGCUGAUUCCUCCCAGUAAUCACUGUUUUGUUUUUGUUGUUGUUGUUUUUUUCUUUCAGCCUUUCUUUUUUCUCUUCUCACUCUGAGUUGAUAUUUUUCUGAAAGAUGGCUGUUGAUAGUUAGCUCAUUUAAAAGUAAUGAAACAUGCUGUAAUUUUCAACGGUUGUACAUUAAUACAGAAAUAGUUACUGAGAGAAGGUUUUUAAACCAGA